CUUCCAGCUGCUUGCAACACUCUCUGCUUUCUGACGUAGGAAUGCUCACACCAGACUUGCAUUCAGCAGCGCUCCUUUUCUGUCCAGCUCUGUCCCCAACCUCCUUCCCGACUGACUGAUACCACUCGCUUCCAUGUUUUUCUGCUUGUCCUCGUGCUUGACCAGCGCAGUUUCACUUUUGCAAACAUCUGUUUAUAUCCCUUGAGAGAAAAAUAUCAAGCGGCCUGCCUCAAAAGACGCUGUUGUGGCCGGUGAGCAAGGACAGCCUCCAAUGGAUAACUACACAGUGGGCCCGGACGAUGAAUAUGAUGUCCUCAUCUUAGACGACUACCUGGACAACAGUGGGCCGAACCAAGUUCCGGCCCCCGAGUUCCUCUCCUCCCAGCAGGUGCUGCAGUUCUGCUGCGCGGUGUUUGCAGUGGGUCUCUUGGACAACGUGCUGGCAGUGUUUAUCUUGUUGAAAUACAAAGGACUCAAGAAUCUGGGGAACAUCUACUUUCUAAACCUGGCCCUUUCAAACCUGUGUUUCCUGUUUCCCCUGCCGUUCUGGGCCCAUACUGCAGCACACGGGGAAAGCCCUGGCAACGGGACCUGUAAAGUUCUUGUCGGACUCCACUCCUCGGGCUUAUACAGCGAGGUGUUUUCCAACAUCCUCCUCCUUGUGCAAGGAUACAGGGUGUUUUCCCAAGGGCGACUGGCCUCCAUCUUCACGACAGUGUCUGGUGGUAUUGUUGCGUGCGUCCUGGCAUGGGCCAUGGCUACUGCGCUCUCUUUGCCCGAGUCUGUGUUUUAUGAGCCUCCGAUGGAAAGACAGAAACACAAGUGUGCCUUUGGCAAACCUCACUUCUUGCCAAUCGAAGCGCCGCUCUGGAAGUACGUUCUGACGUCAAAAAUGAUCAUCUUGGUACUUGCUCUUCCUCUGCUGGUUUUUAUAAUCUGCUGCAGGCAACUGAGGAGAAGGCAGAGCUUCAGGGAGAGGCAAUACGACCUCCGCAAGCCCGCUUGUGUCAUAACGGGCGUGUUCCUUUUGAUGUGGGCGCCUUACAACACUGUGCUUUUCCUGUCUGCUUUCCAGGAACACUUGUCCCUGCAGGAUGAGAAGAGCAGCUACCACCUGGACGCAAGUGUUCAGGUCACACAGCUUGUAGCGACCACCCACUGCUGCGUCAACCCGCUGCUCUAUUUGCUUCUUGACCAUAAGGCCUUUAUGAGAUACCUUCGCAGCCUGUUCCCACGGUGCAAUGAUAUCCCCUAUCAAAGUAGUGGAGGCUCUCAGCAAGCACCGCCAAGGGAAGGCCAUGGCAGGCCCAUUGAACUGUACAGCAAUUUGCAUCAAAGGCAGGAUAUAAUUAUAAUAUAAACACUCAACCUUGUCUCUUCACAUUGUUUUAUGUCAUUUUUAUAUGUUUGUAUAAAAAUAGAAUAGAAGAGGAAAGGGGGCUGGUUAAUGAACAUUUACUACUAAGUGUUGAAUUUUUCGUCUCUGGCACAGGGCUAAGUUAUUUAUAAAGGUGAAUUCCACUCUUCCUCUUUAGCGUUUGUCUGCAGUGUGGGCGUGGGCGGUGUGCAUUCCAUAAACUGAAGCUCGGUAGUUGUCCAAAGUUACAUAACUAUAAAGUGGCAAAACUGAUGUGUAAACUCGGAGACCACUGGCCCCAGAGCCCGUGAGUUAUCCAAGCGUGCCAGCCUUUCAGAAACUGUCAGCUAGCAGUGGUGGCACGUCUGUCAUCCCAGCACUCUAGGAGGCGGAGGCAGGAGGCAUCUCACAAAUGCAAGUGUAACCUGACUUCCCCCAACCUCAAUUCUUUGUUUUGUUGUUGUUGUUGUUCAUCAAAAUACAUGCAAUAAAUAUAUAUUUUAGAGC